UGUGCCUGUGUGCUGUCUCGAUGCAGAAUGCCUGUAGACUUUACCAACAAGUCACAAAUGCAGAUUUUUCCUCGGACAGCAGGAAAUAAAUUGAUCAGAAGAGCCAAACGUGCUGCCGGAUGUCAUUUGAAGCAAAUCCUUUAUGGGGUGCUGCAGCAGUACCUGUCCAAAGGUCAGUGUUGUUCUACCUUGUUCAACAAGCAGCACAACCACACUGGUUGAUCCGAAUGUAUCUGAAGAGGCUCAGGGAAUAAAUGGGAAGACACCAGCGAAUCGCUCAGCUGCAAGUCCAAAGCCACAAGUGCCUCCAAAGCCCUUACAUCUGCAGAAUUCACCUUCAUCCAAAAUACACCCAACCCCCAGGCAUAAAGCUUUACCUAGAGCAAAACCCAGGAUGGAGGAAGUUAAACCUGUCUCUGCUUCUUGUGUGUCAAAAGAAAAAUCCAGUAAGGUUUCUGAUCUUAUCAGUCGCUUUGAAGGAGGCAGCACAUUAUCAAACUCCAGUGAUCUGAAAAAAGAUCCUGCAGUGAAUCUAAAUGCUCCUCGAACCCCAGGACAGCCUGGCUUCACACCCACUUCUCCAGAAAAGCUCCUCUCCCGGCACCCACCACAGAAACAGAGAGAUGAUCCCAAUCGGACUCAGGGCGAACAGGCUUGUAUGGCCAAUGGCAUAAUGGCAGCACAAAACCAGACGGAAUGUGAAGAGAACCAAGCGACCUCUCCCAGCCCCACUGCUCCUUCGCAAGCUGCCGAACCCCCACAGGAAACUCACUUCAUCAAUGGAGAAAGAGAUGAAACGACCACCGAUGCUGCAACCCCCACGACCCACGACCGUGACGAAGAUGCUUCCCAUAGUAGCUGCAGGGCUCCAAGUCCAGACACAGUGCUCCCCCUAAACAAAGGGCAGUCAGACACAACGGACAAGGAACAAGACAGGGACAGUGGAGAAAGCCCCAUGGAAUCAGAGCAACUGGACCAGCACCUUGAGAUGAAGGAGACGGAUGAGCAAAAACUUCACAAAAUAGCCAAUGAACUUUUGUUGACAGAAAGAGCUUAUGUGAACCGACUGGACCUAUUAGAUCAGGUAUUUUAUUGCAAGUUAUUGGAAGAAGCAAACAGGGGCUCUUUCCCUGCAGAGAUGGUGAAUAAAAUCUUUUCUAACAUUUCAUCAAUAAAUGCCUUCCAUAGUAAAUUCCUCUUGCCAGAGCUGGAGAAACGAAUGCAAGAAUGGGAAACCACUCCCAGAAUUGGCGACAUCCUUCAAAAAUUGGCGCCAUUCCUAAAGAUGUACGGAGAGUACGUGAAAGGGUUUGACAAUGCAAUGGAGCUGAUUAAAACGAUGACAGAGCGAAUUCCCCAGUUUAAAUCCGUGAUUGAAGACAUUCAGAAACAGAAGGUCUGUGGGAGCUUAACUUUACAACAUCACAUGCUAGAACCUGUUCAGCGGAUUCCACGGUAUGAGAUGCUUCUUAAGGACUACCUAAGAAAAUUGCCUCCUGACUCUCCAGACUGGAAUGAUGCAAAAAAAUCACUUGAAAUUAUUUCUACAGCAGCAAGCCAUUCUAAUAGCGCAAUAAGAAAAAUGGAAAACCUGAAGAAACUCUUGGAGAUUUAUGAAAUGUUGGGAGAAGAAGAAGACAUUGUAAAUCCUUCUAAUGAACUAAUAAAAGAAGGACAGAUCCUCAAACUCGCUGCUCGGAACACCUCAGCACAAGAACGCUACCUUUUCUUAUUCAACAACAUGUUGCUGUACUGCGUGCCCAGAUUCAGCUUGGUGGGCUCAAAAUUCACAGUUAGGACCAGAGUUGGCAUUGAUGGGAUGAAUAUCAUAGAGACACAGAAUGAAGAGUAUCCCCAUACUUUCCAGGUGUCUGGGAAAGAGAGGACGCUGGAACUGCAGGCCAGUUCUGAGCAAGAUAAAGAAGAAUGGAUCAAGGCCCUUCAGGAGACUAUUGAUGCUUUUCAGCAGAGGAAUGAAACCUUCAGAAAUGCAAUUGCAAAGGAUAAUGACAUUCACUCAGAGGUUUCUACUGCAGAAUUAGGAAAAAGAGCCCCAAGAUGGAUCCGAGAUAAUGAAGUGACCAUGUGCAUGAAAUGCAAAGAACCCUUCAAUGCCCUGACCAGGAGGAGACACCACUGUCGAGCUUGUGGACAUGUGGUUUGUUGGAAAUGUUCAGACUACAAAGCUCAACUUGAGUAUGAUGGUGGAAAAUUGAACAAAGUCUGCAAAGACUGUUAUCAAAUAUUAAGUGGAUUCACUGACAGUGAAGAAAAGAAAAAAAAAGGAAUUUUAGAGAUCGAGUCUGCAGAAGUCUCUGGAAACAGCGUGGUGUGCAGCUUCCUUCAGUACAUGGAGAAGUCAAAACCUUGGCAGAAAGUUUGGUGUGUGAUCCCUAAGCAAGACCCCCUGGUGCUCUACAUGUUUGGCGCCCCGCAGGAUGUCAGAGCACAGGCCACGAUUCCCCUCCUUGGCUACAUCGUGGAUGAUGUGCCCCGGAGCGCAGAUCUGCCUCACAGCUUCAAACUGACCCAGUCCAAGUCUGCACACAGCUUCGCAGCCGACACUGAGGACCUGAAACAGAAAUGGCUGAAAAUCAUCCUCAUGGCCGUCACAGGUGAGACCCCAGAGGGGACCGAGGAGUACUUAGCCACGAUGGAAGAGCAAACCGACCCCAAGAACAAAUCUGAGUCCUGAACUUCAGGGGCAGCCAAGGCCCCAAGACAUUCCUUAGCUCUCCUUCCUCGCCCCUUCGUGCGAAAUAGAGGCUCAUCAUUGCAACUCCAGGGACACUGUUUUUCUCCGUCUGUGUCCUCUGAGUAAAGUCAAUGUGCAGAGCCAUUCUCUUGAUAAAAUUUGGAAAUAA